AUGACAAGCUUUCUUUUCGACCACGACACAGGGCAUGGAAAGACGUCAAUGCUUAUGCUCUACACAGCCGGUUCGGCUCUGUUCUUUGUUGCCUUGCGGUCCUCCAGAACCACCACCAGGGCUUUCAGAGCAUCGAACUUCUCCUUGAUGGGCUUCGGGAGGUCAGCACCUGAAGCUGGGCAGUUUAGGUCUGAUCAUCAAGUUCUGUGGAUGCGUGCGUGGUUGGAGCAGCAGACUGGGCUGAUCCUCUGGGAACCGUUGAAGGUGGAGGCAUCAAAGCUGGUGGUGGCACAGCUGGUGAUUGGUUCAAACCUGGGGGUGGCGGGAUGGGAUCAGAACCUUCAUUGGCCAAAGUCAAUCCAGCCAGCUUGCAUUGAUGUGGUGAAAGGGGGACUGUCACAGGCUGCACGACUCCACCAACAUCAAGCAGAACCACCGUGGAAACUCCAACGCUGGCUGGAGCGAUCAAGCUCUGCGGUGGCGCUGGGGUCUUUCCAUUCUCAAGGUCCACGGUGUUCACCCGCUUCAAAGCUUCAGCUACUGAAUUCGAUCCAGCAGGGUCUGUGGAAGGUUUCUCUGGCUCAGAAUCCACCAUCAUGGAGUCAGGCUGGGAAUCGGGCAAGGGUGCCAUCUGUUCCACUGCAGGGACAGCAGGUUGAGGUGUGGUGCAGUCAGAAGGUUCCAUCGGCAAAGCCUUUGGGUUGA